AAUGGCUCCCGCAUCACCUUUAUUGCACUCUACUGACGAAGAAAACACCUCGCUUAUCUAUGCCGUACUGCCUCCACUUAUCAAAAAGUCGAUGCCAAAGGUGCCUUCUCUGCGCCGUUCACUGUCGGGUUACAACCGUGCAGCUGCAUUAGUCGGUCACGCUCGAGCCUUGAGCACAGAGAGUCCGAGACCUGGCUCAGCGACCCCUCCACCGCCCUACCAAGAGCCUAUCGCUUCCCUUACUUCCGUCCUGUCUGAUAUUGACUUCCAAGACACUCCACCAACAUCACCCACAUCUCUACCCGUUGAUAACGCCAUUUUCGGCAGUGAUGAACGAGCGGGUAUAAAAUGGGAUCUUCUUCAGGGCUCAUCAUGUCUAUCUUCCAACCCGAACUUCAGUCGCCAAUUGUACAUUGAUGCAGUCAGCUAUCUUCUUCGGGGCCUGCCAUACAACCUCUCUUCUGAGGAGACAAUACGGCUCCAAGCUGCUAUGCCAUCUGAGAUGAUACCGCCGCGGCAGCCUAUUGACAAGGUCAUCAUUCGAAGCCAGUCUCAUGACGAUCAGGUCACGCAACAAGAAGAAGACCCAACGAUGCUCCAUCGUAUAGUGGCAAUGAUUGUGCUUCAGGUCUUCCUCCUCUUCUCCUUCCUCUGGCCUUAUGUCCAAACAACUUGCCGAGGAGCAUACCAGUAUGAACGAGAGCACCACAUCUCGGAGAAACUACUUAAUCAGUCCUGGACCACUGCAAAUGUGCUAAGCAGGAAUACCAUGACCGUUGCCAGAACCAUGUGUAGCUGGAAUGACGGUCAGGUUGGUGUGGUACUUGAAGACAUGGUAUUCUGGUGGGUACAUGGCGUUACUGGCGGACUCAGAGAUGGUGUCAAGGAUGGGAUGGAGGUAUUUGGCGUCAAAGCUGCAGACCGCCGCGACAAGAGACCUGCCAGAGCU